CUGAUCUCCAUCUCUGCAAUCUCAUCUCUUCUGGGUCUAUUUUUGUUGGAUCUAUAUCGUAGAGAAAGCUGUCCAAUUUCCAGAGAGUCAUGGUGGGAUCACCACCAGUUUUAGCUUUUGCUGCCAUCUGUGCUGCUUGCAUCUUUGGCAUGGUUGAGGUAGCUCGAGCUCAAGACCAAAAUGGUACCAAUGCUGUUACAGAUCCUGCUGAAGCUAGAACUCUGAAUUCAAUAUUUCAACAGUGGGGAAUCUCAGCACGAUCAGGUCAAUGGAAUAUAAGUGGGGAACUCUGCAGCGGAGCUGCCAUCGACACGACCAGCUUCGAUGAUGGAGAUUACAACCCAUUUAUCAAAUGUGAUUGUUCUUACAAUAGUAGCUCUACUUGUCACAUUACCCAACUGAAAGUAUAUGCCUUGGAUGUUGUUGGCGUAAUCCCAGAACAACUAUGGACCUUAACUUACCUUAUCAAUCUGGAUUUACGCCAAAAUUAUUUGACAGGUAACCUGUCUGCAUCCAUUGGCAAUCUAACUCGCAUGCAAUACCUGAGUCUUGGCAUUAAUGCAUUAUCAGGGGAGCUUCCAAAGGAGCUUGGGAAUCUUUCUGAUUUAUUAUCAUUCGGUUUUGGGUCGAAUAACUUCUCUGGUUCUUUGCCAUCUGAGCUUGGGAAUUUAGUGAAAUUACAGCAAAUCUACUUUGAUAGCUCUGGAGUUAGUGGUGAGAUUCCCUCCACAUUUGCUAAAUUACAGAACCUCCACACAGUUUGGGCAUCAGACAAUGAACUCACCGGCAGCAUACCUGAUUUCAUAGCGACUUGGUCAAAGCUUACUUCCUUGAGGCUUCAAGGUAACUCUUUCAAUGGUCCAAUACCCUCAACGUUUUCCAAUUUGACUUCUCUUAAAGAGAUGUUAAUAAGUGAUCUGUCUAAUGGGAGUUCUUCACUAGCAUUUAUAAAGGAUAUGAAGUCUCUAACUCUCUUAGUGCUGAGGAAUAAUAACAUUUCCGAUUCAAUUCCAUCCAAUAUAGGAGAAUACCAAAAUUUGACACAGCUGGAUUUGAGCUUCAACAACAUAGCAGGGCAGAUUCCAGAUUCGCUUUUCAAUCUGAGUUCGCUUGCUUACUUGUUUCUUGGAAAUAAUCAGUUAAAUGGCACCCUGCCAGCACAAAAGAGAGUGUCUCUUCUUAACAUUGAUCUGUCUUAUAAUAAUUUAGUUGGAAGCUUUCCUUCUUGGGUCAGCCAAGAAAAUAUACAACUUAAUUUAGUUGCCAACAACUUCACGAUUGAAAGUUCAAACAGCAGUGCUUUGCCUUCAGGUCUGAACUGUCUCCAACGAAGCUUUCCUUGCAAUCGAGGCCUUGGAAGAUACUCUGACUUUGGAAUCAAGUGUGGGGGUACUCAGAUUACAUCUUCUGGUGGGAUCACCUAUGAGAGGGAUAAUGCAACACUUGGUCCAGCAACAUAUUAUGUGACUGACACAAAUAGGUGGGCAGUUAGCAAUGUUGGAUAUUUUACUGCUACCACUAAUCCUCAGUAUACAAGGAGUUCGUCAUCUCAAUUCACAGGCACGUUAGACUCGGAGCUGUUCCAGACAACUCGAGUCUCUGCUUCAUCAUUAAGAUACUAUGGCUUGGGGCUGCAGAACGGGAACUAUACUGUGAGUCUCCAGUUUGCUGAAAUAGAAAUUCAAAACCCUCCCACAUGGAGAAGUCUCGGAAAGCGUGUCUUUGAUAUUUAUAUCCAGGGGAAUCGUUCUAUUAAGGAUUUUGACAUACGCAAGGAGGCUGGUGGGUCUAACCAACCUGUCCGGAAGGAAUUCACGGUUCAGGUAUCAGAAAACUACCUCGAAAUCCAUCUGUUUUGGGCUGGGAAAGGGACUUGCUGCAUACCUGCUCAAGGUACUUAUGGACCUUCAAUUUCUGCCAUCAGUGCCACCCCAGAUUUUGAACCCACUGUUAGUAAUGAACCUCCGAGCAACAAGAAGAAUAGGACUGGUCUGAUCGUGGGUAUUGUUGUUGGUGCUGGAGUUUUAAGCUUUCUCUCUGUUUUUGUGGUUUUCUAUUUUGUUAAAAGAAGAAAACAGCUUCCACUCAAUGAUGAUGAAGUGCUCUUAGGAAUAGAUGCCAGACCUUUCACUUUCAGUUAUGCUGAACUAAAGACAGCUACAGAAGAUUUUAAUCCUGCAAAUAAGCUUGGAGAGGGAGGAUUUGGACCUGUCUAUAAGGGAACACUUAGUGAUGGCAGAGUAAUUGCCGUGAAACAACUGUCCGUAGCAUCACAUCAAGGAAAGAACCAGUUCAUAGCAGAAAUUGCUACUAUAUCUGCUGUGCAACACCGUAACCUUGUGAAACUGUACGGAUGUUGCAUUGAGGGAGAUAAACGUCUCCUUGUUUAUGAGUUUCUGGAGAAUAGAAGUCUUGAUCAGGCAUUAUUUGGAAAGAGAAGUUUGAAUCUCAAUUGGUCAACACGCCAUGAUAUAUGCUUGGGCGUUGCAAGAGGUUUAGCAUAUCUACACGAGGAGUCACGGCUUCGAAUUGUACACAGAGAUGUGAAGGCCAGUAAUAUCCUGCUGGACUCUGAGCUCAUCCCCAAAAUAUCAGACUUUGGCUUGGCCAAGCUUUAUGACGAUAAAAAGACCCACAUAAGCACGCGUGUUGCAGGGACUAUUGGGUAUCUUGCCCCAGAGUAUGCCAUGCGUGGACACCUUACAGAGAAAGCUGAUGUGUUUGCCUUUGGUGUUGUUGCUCUGGAGGUUGUUAGCGGAAGGUCAAAUUCUGACUCAAGCUUGGAAGAAGAAAAGAUGUAUCUACUUGAAUGGGCUUGGCACCUACAUGAAAACAACUGUGAAGUUGAUCUUGUGGACUCUACAUUAUUAGAAUACAAUGAAGAAGAAGUAAAACGCUUGAUAGGAAUAUCCCUUUUGUGCACUCAAGCAUCCCCAGCGUCACGGCCAACAAUGUCACGUGUGGUGGCAAUGCUUACAGGAGAUACUGAGGUGAGCUCUGUAACUUCAAGGCCUGGAUAUUUGACCGAUUGGAAAUUUGAUGACAUUACCAGCUCAAUGAGUGACAUUGCAACUAAAGGAAAAAGCUAUUUCAACUCAUCAGCAAGUACGAGUAUGGUGGGUGAUGCAGAGAAUUCACCUGUAAAAGUUACUAAACCCAUGCUCGAUGACACUAUUAAUGACGGUAGGUGAAACCAGUCUUUAUUCAUAUUCUUGUUCCUUUUAUGCCUCUGGUUGAAUUUACAACGCUGUGUAUUCUUCAAUUCCCUGGCAUAAUAUGUAAUUAUGUGUAUGUAAAUCUACUUUAUUGUAAAACAAUUUUUCAUUCUUACUUUUUCUUCGAGGUUUGGCACCUUUCUUACAUGUUAGGACAGAGGUAUGGUAUUAUUUAAGAACAAUAAUAAAACAUAGAGAUUUACUUUUAA